AUGGCCAAAGUACCCCGCAACUUUCGACUCUUGGAGGAGUUGGAGAAGGGUGAGAAGGGCCUCGGAGCAGAAUCAUGCUCCUACGGACUCACCGACGGCGACGACCUGCUCAUGAGCAACUGGAACGGCACGAUCCUCGGCCCACCACACAGCGUCCAUGAGAACCGCAUCUAUGGGUUGACUAUGCACUGUGGACCCGACUACCCAGACAAGCCGCCCACCAUCCAGUUCACCAACCAGAUCAACCUGCCAUGCGUGAGCACUCGCGAUGGCAAGGUCGACCCGGCGAAGCUGCCUUGCCUGGCCACGUGGGACCGCAAGAUGACUAUGGAGACCGUGUUGAUUGAGUUGCGGAGAUUCAUGGCUCAUCCAGCAAACAAGAAACUCCCACAACCGGCUGAGGGCUCUACAUACUAG